AUGGCUGACCCAGAUUCGGCCACCAAAGCCUCUCGGUCUCAAACCUCAGGGAGGAAGAGGAUGAAGGUGGAUAUGAACGGACUGCCCAGGUUCGCCAGAAGAGCUCGCAACAACCAGAAGCUGGUGGCGUGCAAGUACUGCCAUCGAAAGUUUUGCGACUAUUCGGGCGUGGCCAUGCAUGCCAAACGGUUCCACCAACAGGAGCCUGACUUCAGCAGCUACCUGCGCGAGGUGAAGAAGCUGGAAGUGCUGCACUGUGCAGUGUGCGGCCUGCAGUGCGAGAACCGCUUCCGUCUGCCAACAGCACGAGGACGAGAAGCACUUCAAGCUGGCCAAGCAACCUUGAAAUCGCACGUGGAAGAGAUCCACGCGGGGAUCAAAGCCGUCGCUUGCGGCGUUUGCCAGAAAAAGUUCUACCGCCAGUCGCAGCUCAACCGCCACAUUAAGAUCCACGGGGUGGAGGAGGACAAGCUGGCCUGUGACCUCUGUCCCCGGAAGUUCUGGUACGCCACCAACCUCAAGCGGCACGUGAAAAUUGUGCACGAACCGCGGGUACAGCGUUGCCACUGCUCGUACUGCGGGAAAGGUUUCUCGCGUAAGGAGAGCCUGACAGGCCACGUAGAGAAAGUACACUUUGCCCUGUUCUCCUUCCGUUGCCAGCAGUGCAACGCCGGGUUCGCUCGUUCGUUCGCGCUGGAAAAGCACAUGGCCACAGUGCAUGACCUUCCCGGGUUCAAGGCCCCACAGGGACGACCACCGCGCUUCAAGUACAACCGUACGGACGAGGACGUGCAGUGCUGCAGUGCCUGCGGGGAAAAGUUCUUCUACAAAGCCCAGCUGGUGCAGCACGUCCACUCCACGCACAUCGCCGCCUUCCCUUACCACUGCGACACCUGCCAACAAGGCUUCCUGGAAGAACAGUUUCUCCAGGUCCACCGCCUCAAAGCCCACGGUGUUCCCAUCAAACAGCAGGAGGACGAAGUGGAAGGGGCUGCCAGUGUCGAAAGUCUUUCACCCUCAUGCUCUGAUGUCAGCUGCUGA